GGGAGUUCUAAAGCUAGCCUCAUCUAGUGCGAGCGUGCAAUGGUCGCUCCCAUAGUCAACACAGGAAUCCAGACGGCGAAGUAUUGCAAUGUGGCCGGUCUAGGAGUUCUGAUUUUUGACUAUUUCUUAACGCUCGAAAGUGAGGUUCGAUGGACAUGGAAUAGGCGCUGGACCGUCAGUCGUGUUCUUUUCGUACUUUCACGCUACAUCGCUUUUGUAGCAGCUGGCAUGACCUCAUACGCUGCCAUUGCUACACGAGCGAACGAGAAUUGCUCGCGCUUCGGCCAGGCUUCAAAUGCAAUUCACAUUAUCAGUAUCGUAGCUGCCGACGGUCUUUUGAUCAUUCGUACAUAUGCGUUCUGGCAGAAGAACAAGAAACUUUUGGCAUUCUUACUGGUCUUAGCAGCAAUUUGCAUCGCGUGUGCUGUCAGUAUCACACAAGUUGUCAAUAAUCUGGUAUCACAACCAAACCCUGACCCUUCAGCUCCCCCCACAAGCAACUGCACUUUUGAAGCGGGUCGCAGCAGUGCCAUUCAAUAUGGCUUUCUCGUGGCCUUUGAACUGGUGCUGAUGUCUUUAACGGUAUUCAAGAGAUAUCAAGACUACAGAGAUUCCGACAGCCGUCUGGUGAGAGCCGUCUUCCAGGGUGGAGUGCGGUUUAUGACUGCCACAAUUUUCGUUUCUGUGGUCAAUAUAAUAGUCAUGUCUGUGGUCCCGCAAUCAUAUGACGAGAUGAUGGACUUGCCACAACUUGUCCUCCACAGUAUGUUGGCAUCCCGUGUGCUGUUUAGUCUGCGCGAAAGUGAUCACGAAGUGGAUGGGACAACAUUACAGAUGUCAACGUUUCGUCCAGCUUAGUGCAAUCGAAGGCAUACCUCACCCGGACUUGACUGAUAUCCUACAGUCACAGUAUGUCCCGUCAGAACGUAUACGUAGUAUGAAAAAGAUUUUGCCUAUCAAGGGCACCACACUGCAGGAGAUUGUUACGAAGUGCGAUCAUCUGCCGCUCCAUCUGAUUUCCCUGCUCUGCAUCUUCAUUGUCCUCCUCUGUAUUGCCAUUUACCUCCUCCAAGUCCAGUGAAAUCGUUCUUGAGUCCGCAUCUGUCCACUACAUCUGACGGGACAGAAUUAGCUCCUGAAGUUCUUGCAUUGCAGAGACGCUCAAGAUCUGCCAGCGUCACCUAACCAAGCCUCGAUAAGUUCUUG